GCCGAGGCUGAAGUGGCUUCUCUGAACCUGGUGGAGGAGGAGCUGGACCGAGCCCAGGAGCGCCUGGCCAACGCCCUGCAGAAGCUGGAGGAGGCUGAGAAGGCAGCUGAUGAGAGCGAGAGAGGCAUGAAGGUCAUCGAAAACAGAGCCAUGAAAGAUGAGGAGAAGAUGGAGCUCCAGGAGAUGCAGCUGAAGGAGGCGAAACACAUAGCUGAGGAGGCUGACCGCAAAUACGAGGAGGUCGCCCGCAAGCUGGUAGUCCUUGAGGGAGAGCUGGAGCGCUCAGAAGAGAGGGCAGAGGUGGCAGAGAGCCGCGUGAGACAGUUGGAAGAAGAGCUGCGGACCAUGGACCAGACUCUCAAAUCCCUCAUUGCCUCAGAGGAAGAGUAUUCCUCCAAGGAGGACAAGUAUGAGGAGGAAAUCAAGUAUCUAGGGGAAAAACUGAAGGAGGCUGAGACCCGUGCUGAGUUUGCAGAGAGGUCUGUGGCGAAGCUGGAGAAAACCAUCGAUGAUCUAGAAGAGAGUCUGGCCAGUGCCAAAGAGGAGAACGUCGGCAUCCACCAGGUCCUGGACCAGACCUUGUUGGAGCUGAACAACCUCUAAGCUGUCCUGGGGAUCCCCCCUGUCCCUCAUCCCUACCCCACACGUGCACCCCACUGGCACGCUCAGGAUGUCAUCAGCUGAACUGCGUCUUGGCCAAAUCCUCACAUCCAUUGAGAAGGGAAGCCCUGCAGCCUUACACCGUGGCUCAGGGGCAUCUUGUCUGUGCACAGCCUGACUGGCUCUGUCCUGUCUUCAUGUCCAAAUAAAAGCAGUUUGACAAGA